CAAUUUCUAUCAUGUGAGAUUUAAGGGUGCCAUUAUUGUUUCAUAUCACUCUUUAUUUCAUGAGCAAUUUGUUUAGUUGUUGAUUUUGCUUCUUAAACUUUAAUGCUUAUUCCGGAAGAGGCUGCACAAAGCUCAGCACGACAAAGCCUUUCACAGUCCUGGAACACUCAAUCUAUCAAUCUUUCACCAAGUUAUUCACCAGCCAGCUCUCCGGGAUACCGCAAAUGAAAUCUCCCGUGGCGCCAUUCGAAGUGUGCAAUGACACCAGGAAACUAAGCUACACAAAGAUUGGACCUCAAGUGCCGCACAUAAACCUGGUGCUACACGACCAGAAUGUGAAGUGGAGAAUCAGUAGAACAAACUCAAUGGUGGAGGCACAAACUGGGGUUACAUGUUUGGCGUUUGUGGAUGGAGGGUUGAGUCUGAGGGCUUCGAUUAUAAUUGGGGGUCAUCAGUUGCUGGAUAAUCUUUUGGAGUUUGAUCUGGCUAAGUCAAGGCUUGGGUCGUCGUUGCUGCUUCAGAGGACUAAUUGUAGCAACUUCAACUUCACUACAGCUAGUAUUGCUACUUAGAUGAUGUGCGUG